AGGUUUUCUCCAAAAUGUUUGCCAGUUAUCAAUGUAGCCCACAUUGUUUUCUGGACACCACCUAGACAGCCAGCGGUUGAAUGACAGCAUGCGGCUAAACAUGUCGUCACUGGUCUGAUCGGGGAGGGGGGUUACUCCUGGGUUUCAACAUGGGCCAGCAUGAAGAAGGUCGGGAAGCCACCUCCACAUAGACUCUCUUCUGCAGGCAGGGAUGUUUGUGUCAGGUGUUCUGAUUCCCAGAAUGAACUGGUUCUGAAUGGUGUCCUUUAGUUCCUGUGAUGAUCUGGUAUGUAGACAGAUCUCCGUGUUCAGAGGCCAUGCAUGUGUCUGUGGGCUUGUUGUCCUGCAGAGUUCUGGUUUAAACUUCGGUUCUUUUAGGGAAGUGUGGCCUGAGGACCACUUCCUUCCCCAAAAAUCUGCUCCAGUCAAAAACAGAAGUUCUGGAGAUUGAAUGGAAGGAAAAGCAUCUGAAACCCAGCAAACAGAGAAACGUUAUGAAAUAAUAAAGUGAUGAGUGGACAUGUUUACCCAGUGUGAUGGGAGGAGGAGGAGGAGGUGGAGGAGGAGGAGGAAGGGGAGGCUGGUGUUUCUAGAGAAGUUCAACUGAAAACUGUUGGUUCCUGCAGAGACAGAAACAAAGCGAGGAGCAGCUCUGAAGAUCAGCUCUGAUAGCGGACUGAAACAUCUCCACCAUGUUCAACAACUUCAGUGACAAGGACCUGGACACCUGCGCCCUCUGGAUCAAAGAGAGUCCUCCUGGCUCAGCCUCAGGUAUCUUCAGGUUCAGACGUUAUUGGUUUCCUGCCGUGAUGGUUGCCGGGGUCCUCGUCCUCCUCAUUCUCCUCAUAGUGCUGGUAGUCACCUACAAGAAGACAUCAAGCAGCCUGUGGUCUGCAGAGGAGGAGAUCUCCAGCCUGAACGGCAAGAUGGAGUCCCUGAAUGCAUCUCUGCAGCAGGCUCACGAGUCCGUUAAAGACGUUCAUCAGAUGCAGCAGUCCAUUCAGGACACCAAGGACCGCCUGUCCUCAGUGUCAGCAGCCCUGCAGCAGCUGUCGGUGCUCGACUCUCUCAGCAGGAAGGUCGACGGCCUCAAAUGUUCCCUCGAACGCAUCAUCAGAAACAGCUCAGCAGCAGGACCAUGUUGUCCUGUAGACUGGACUCAGUUCAACUCAGACUGUUACCUCUUCAGCCAUCAGACCCUGUCCUGGAACGAGGCCAAGAACUGGUGUGAGAGGAAGAAUGCUCACCUGGUGAUCCUGCACACCAAUGAGGAGUGGGACUUUGUGACCAGGAACUCAGUUCCUCACCUAUACUGGGUGGGUUUGACUGAUGGGAGAACUGGGAAGUGGGAGUGGGUGAACCAGACCCCUUACUCCAUGGAGCGCAGGCGGUGGAUGCCUGGGCAGCCUGAUGCCUGGACCGGUCACGGUCUCGGUCCUGAAGAUGAAGACUGUGCUCAUCUUCACAAGGAUGGACGACUCAACGACAUGCACUGCAGCAUCAGUACCCGCUUCAUCUGUCAGAAACGCAGUGUGCACACCUGAACCCACCUGAACCCGCCUGAACCCGCCUGAAUAAACCUGAAUCUGCCCGAACCCACCUGAAUCGUUUUGAACCCGCCUGAAUCCACCUGAACCCGCUCGAACCCACCUGAAUCCGCCUGAAUCAUCUUGAACCCGCCUGAAUCACCAGAGAGUGAACCUGCUGCGGACUGGAACCAGUUACAGACUCUCACAGGGACCAGUUGGUGUUAAAGAUGAGGCUUUGUUGAAUCUUGAAUCAAAUGAGAAGAUGUUUUAUGGUCUGCUGUGGCAUUAAAGUAACAUCUGGAAACUUCCUGCUUCA